UGCCAGAUGACCAGCUCAGGUCCUGUUCAGUGACAAACAUGGGGUUGUUUGUUGUGAUCUUUUCAGCUCUUCUGCUGAGUGGAUUUAGCAGAGGAGGACCCGCCACUUUAACUCCAAAGUCCGGCAUCUGCUGGGUCAUGGGUAACCUUCACUACACCUUUGAUGGCAAUUAUUACAACUUCAUGGGCAACUGCACCUACACAAUGGCCAAGAACUGCCAUGUUGAUCGCGCCCUCCCAGCCUUUGAAGUGGAGACAAAGAACAUGAACGAGGGCAACCUACAGGUCCCAUCAGCAGGGAGGGUCACUAUCAAUGUUUACGGGAUCAACAUUGAUAUAGUUCGUUCUGAACUCGGCAUUGUGCGGGUGAACUAUCAACAAUGGAAUCUCCCGAUCAACUUGAACAACGGCCAGGUGAAGCUGUUCCAGAAAGGCCUGUAUGUCGUCAUAGAGACAGACUUUGGCCUGACCGUCCAGUACGACUGGAACGAGUAUCUCUUCAUCCAAGUGCCGGGCAGUUUUGCUGGCAGUGUGUGUGGCCUGUGUGGCAACUUCAACAACAAAAAGGAAGAUGAUCUCACGACUCCCAGUGGUUCAGUAGCCAGCAGUGUGGCAGCGCUGGGAGAGAGCUGGAGGGUUCCCGGCACCACAGACGAUGCCUUUUGCCAAGAUGAAUGUGUUGGCCAGUGUGAAAGCUGUCCUCUCAGCGAAGUUCAGAAAUUAGAAAAACAAAUCUUUUGCGGUGCCCUUAUACAAAAUUUUGCUGAACUCUUAGGUUGUCAACCUGUAAUUGACGCUGGCGUCUUUCAGAGCAACUGCAUGUUUGACCUUUGUAGGGGCGAAGCUGUGAACACGUAUCUUUGCAACAGUCUUCAAGGGUUUGCUGACAUCUGCCAGAGGACUGGGGUCAAAGUCCCCAGCUGGAGGACUUCCACUCAAUGCCCUACACCCAAGUGCCCAGCAAACAGCCAUUAUGAGUUCUGUGGAAGUGGCUGUCCUGCUACAUGUGCAAACCAAAACCCUCCCACAAAAUGCAACGCCACCUGUGUGGAGACGUGUGUCUGUGAUGGCGGCUUUGUGCUCAGUGGCACCAAGUGUGUCCCCAAGGCUCAGUGUGGUUGUGUGUACGAGGGUCACUAUGUGGAACCUGGAGCCUCUUUCUGGGGCGGUGAGAGUUGCACCAAACGCUACACAUGCUCCGCUGGUGGAAGUUUGUCUUACAAGCAGACUAGCUGUCCUGCUGGGCAGCAGUGCCAGGUGGUGGAGGGGAUCAGAGGUUGCAAUCCUGUCAACUACGCCACGUGUAUGGUAUCUGGUGACCCACAUUUUGUGACUUUUGAUGGGCAGCGGUACAACUUACAGGGCACUUGUGCAUAUCAGAUGGCUGCCGUCUCCAAUCAAACCAGCCUGGAACAUUUUAGUGUUGUGUUGCAGAACAAUGGUCAAGAUAAGAGGAUUGGGUCCGUUGUCAAGCUGGUAGAAGUCAAUGUGUACGGGUACACCAUUAUCACCAGCAAAGAGCAUCCUGGCGCUGUUGUGAUCAAUGGCGUGCUCUCCAACCUCCCUUUGAUGCUCGACAACAAUAAACUCCAUCUUUACACCAGCGGUUGGUUUGCUGUAAUUGAGACAGACUUUGGAGUGAAGGUGUACUACGACUGGAACAGCGUAGCAUUUGUCAUCGUUCCCAGUACUUACAUGGGCACUAUGCAAGGUCUCUGUGGCAAUUACAACCUCAACCCAAAAGACGACAUGCAGAUGAGAAACGGGAAACAAGCCACCACUUCCGAGCAGCUCGGUCAAAGCUGGAAGGUCGCCACAAUCCCUGGCUGUGUAGACGGCUGCAGCGGCCCUUGCCCCGGCUGUAACUCCACUCAGAGAGCAACGUACAACAGCAGCAGCAGUUACUGUGGCCUCAUCAGCGACCCUGCAGGCCCGUUUCGUGACUGCCACUCCGUGGUCGACCCCACAGGUUUCCUUAAUGACUGCCUGUAUGAUGUCUGUCUAUACCAGGGCAGCAACAACAUGCAGUGCAAGACUUUGACUGCCUACACAGCCGCCUGUCAGCUGAAAGGUGCCACAGUAUACCCCUGGAGGUCAGCUCAGUUCUGUGAUGCCCAGUGUCCAUCAAACAGCCAUUAUGAGCUCUGUACGAGCGGCUGCCUCGGAUCAUGUCAGAUAGAUCCAAACUGUGGAGCUCAGCAGUGCAUGGAAGGAUUUGUCUGUGAUGAGGGUUACCUUUUGAGUGGGGAUGAGUGUGUGCCUGCCAACCAGUGUGGCUGCAUGUUUGAAGGCAGAUACUACCAGAAUGGACAGAUCUUCUACCCUGAUGCCCUUUGCCAGAAGGAAUGCACCUGUAAUGGCACAGUACAGUGUAAGCAGUCCUCUUGUGGUCCGUAUGAGAAGUGUGAGAUGAAUGAUUACGUGCGAUCAUGUCAGCCUUUGGGAAAAGGGGUCUGUUCCAUCUCCGGAGAUCCACAUUACAACACCUUUGACAACACCACCUAUGACUUUCAAGGCACUUGCACCUACAUCGUAGCUGAAGGCUGCCACCUGAGCGGCACACGGCUCGUCGACUUCUCUGUGGCGGUGGAGAAUGAGAAGUGGUAUGGUUUAUCUGCGAAUCCCAAGGUCUCAGUGGCCAAACUUGUAGCAGUAGAAGUUUAUGGAACCAUCUUGAUCCUUCGCAAGAAUGAAGCUCAAAUGGUUUGGAUAAACGGGGUCCUACAUAAUCUUCCACAAAACCUCAACAACGGUGCAGUGAAGGUUUAUCAGGAGGGAGCAAAUUAUGUCAUUAUGACAGACUUUGGCCUGAGGGUCACAUAUGAUCUGGUCUAUCAUGUUACUGUCAGUGUCCCCGGCAACUACAGGGGCAGAACCUGUGGUCUGUGUGGCAAUUUUAACAAUGACAAAACAGAUGAGUUCCAGCUGCCAGAUGGAAACAUUACCAAGGACUUCCAGGCCUUUGGAGCAGCGUGGAAAGUACCCGUUCCUGGAGCGGUCUGUGAAGAUGGCUGCAGUGGCGACCUCUGCCCUAAAUGUGCUGAUUCUGAAAAAGAUGCAAUAGAGGAAAAAUGCGCAAUUAUAAUCAAAGCCAACGGCCCCUUUGCUGCUUGCCAUAAUCUAAUUGAUCCUGCCUCCUACUUCAGAGAUUGUGUCUAUGAUGUUUGCAUGGCUAAAAAUGAUCAAAGCAUGCUGUGUCACAGUGUUGCUGCAUAUAUGUUAGACUGCCAAAACUUUGGUGCAAAGAUUCAGAACUGGAGAAGUCCUUCUUUCUGCCCUUUUACAUGUGGUGCCAGCAGCCAUUAUGAAAUCUGUACGCUGCCUUGUACAUCCUCAUGUCCUGGUCUCCUUGACACCCUCACAUGCACCACGACUUGUGCUGAGGGCUGUGCCUGUGAUAAAGGCUACUUCUACAAUGGAACCGGCUGUGUGCCCUUUGACCAGUGCAGCUGUUAUUACAAUGGCCAAACUUACAAAGUUGGACAGUCCAUCAUAACUGAUGAUUGCCACAAGAUUCACACCUGCCAAUCUAGUGGACUAGUUCUGUCCAAGAACAUGACAUGUGAUCCCAAUGAGAGCUGCAUGGUCAAGAACGGCGUGAUGGGCUGCUACAUUCAGCAGUGCUUUUUAGACGCCAAUGGGACCCUCACUCCAUUUAAUGGUGAAGGUGGAACCGUAACAGUGCCAGGAGCGUAUGAGAUUAUCCAGAACUGUGACCAAUCUCUCACAACAGACUGGUUCAGGGUGGUGGUGAAGUUAGAGAUGUGCACUCCUGGUGUCAACACAAUUGUAUCUGUGUCUGUGUUCUUCAAUGAAGUGAUGAUCACAAUCAACAACAAACAUGGCGUCUGGAUAAAUGGAAGGGCGAUGACUCAAACCAAUGUUUCCCAGAACAGUGUCGAAGUGAAGGUUUCAGAUAAUGCAGUGGGAAUUAGCAGCACUUCUGGCCUUCAGUUGUCCUUUAGUUCAGCAAAUGUACUCGCCAUGAGUGUCAGUGACCAAGUAGCCGACAUGGUAUGUGGGGCAUGUGGUAAGCUCAAGCCUAUUGACACAACACAACUAAAUCUUCGUGGGAAGAGUACUGCCUUUGCAUCACUGAACAUCGGGCAAUGGACGGCUCCUGAUUUCCCCCAAUGUGGUGUAUAAAUGUACGGCCAGACAGCUUUUUAUCGACUGCAGUGAUCAAGCUUUCCGAACCAAUAACUGACAGUUUCUUUAAUUCAUGGAAUUAUGUAUAUGUUAUAGAGAAUCCCAUAUCCAUGUAAAUUCCAUUCCUUGGUAUGUUUCAACUGUCAAACAUCUGCUAAAUAUGUUUGUCUUGUCAAUCAAAUGUAAUAAGUGCAUCAACAUAUAUGUUAAUGCUAUUAUAAUUGGAAAUAAAUAGCAUAUCAAGCAUUCAGAAUAGUAAUAAUAGUAUGCAUUUUACCGUGUGGUCAAUAAACAGUUUGUUUGA